GGCGCGGUAGCACGUCACGGGGGUGGGGUUACGCGUGGGUGACGUGGCGGCUCCUGCUCUCGGGUCCGAUUUCGGCGGCUUACAAGUCCGGCGAGGAGGCGGCGACGGCCUGGGGAGAGUGGCAGUGGCGGCGGUGGUAGGCAACAGAGGAGUCCGAGGUUAUGCGACUCAAUGAUCCCGCGGAAACGCUACGGAUCUAAGAACACGGAUCAGGGUGUCUACCUGGGUCUCUCAAAGACACAGGUUCUGUCCCCUGCAACAGCUAUCACUAGCAGCAGCGACAUCGUUCCUUUGUCCACCCCGGUGGCCCUGGUCCCUUCCCCUCCCGACACCAUGUCCUGCCGGGAUCGGACCCAGGAGUUCCUGUCCGCUUGUAAGUCGCUGCAGAGCCGUCAGAAUGGAAUCCAAACAAAUAAACCAGCUCUCCGUGCUGCCAGACAACGCAGUGAAUUUACCCUUAUGGCCAAGCACAUUGGGAAAGAUCUCAGCAAUACAUUUGCCAAGCUGGAGAAGCUAACAAUCUUGGCAAAGCGCAAGUCCCUCUUUGAUGAUAAAGCAGUAGAAAUUGAGGAGCUAACAUACAUCAUCAAACAGGAUAUCAAUAGCCUCAACAAACAAAUUGCUCAACUUCAAGAUUUUGUGAGGGCCAAGGGUAGCCAGAGUGGCCGGCAUCUGCAGACGCAUUCCAACACCAUUGUAGUUUCAUUGCAGUCAAAACUGGCUUCCAUGUCCAAUGACUUCAAAUCAGUUUUAGAAGUAAGGACUGAGAACCUGAAACAACAGAGGAACCGUCGGGAACAGUUCUCCCGGACACCAGUGUCGGCCCUGCCUCUUGCCCCCAACCACCUUGGGGGUGGUCCCAUAGUUUUGGGAGCAGAGUCCCAAGCCUCCAGGGACGUGGCCAUCGACAUGUUGGACUCUAGAACAAGCCAGCAACUUCAGCUCAUUGACGAGCAGGAUUCCUACAUCCAGAGUCGGGCAGACACCAUGCAGAACAUUGAGUCUACAAUCGUUGAGCUGGGUUCCAUUUUUCAGCAGUUGGCACACAUGGUUAAAGAACAGGAGGAAACUAUUCAGAGGAUCGAUGAGAACGUGCUUGGAGCCCAGCUGGAUGUUGAGGCCGCCCAUUCAGAGAUCCUCAAGUACUUCCAGUCAGUUACCUCCAAUCGGUGGCUCAUGGUCAAAAUCUUCCUCAUCCUCAUUGUCUUCUUCAUCAUCUUUGUGGUCUUCCUUGCCUGACCCCUCACUCACUCUGAGGCACUCCAUGGAGGGUUUGGGACCCUCCUGGGAGGGCAGGUGGCCACUAUUGCCAUUGAGCCUGUGUAGGGUGGUUGGGAGAAAGGCCAUUUCCUUGGAACUGCUAAGAAUGGCCAGUGUCCCUGUUUCCCACCCUUGUCUCUGGCCACUCUGUCCUACCCUCAGGCCCUUGAAACACACUGGUUCUGGAUUUGGACUCUGCUGUGAAGUGGCCGGGAGCAGAAGACAGCUAGGGGCCAGUGGAGGAGGUUGUCUCCACGAGGGAUUUUUAUAAAACCUUACCAGCCUCCCCCAAAGGUAACUUUGGCAGCAAGGGGAGAUAAUGCCCCUCCUUGCCUCCUUGAGAGUGAGGCAAGGAGACAAAACUAUCCCAGGGACCAACUUUACCAUCAGAUUAGAACUUGACUGCCUCCCUCUAUUCACCAUGUGAAGUGAGGGGGCUCUGAGCCCUUCAGUUGCCUGCACAAACCUGACUUUGGCUACUGGUGACUCUCAAUCUGCCAAAUGUGCUGCAGCCUGUUUCCUCCCAAUUACAGCAAGACUGUCAGCCUCA